CCGCCACCGCCGCCCCCGGGCCGGGCGGCCGCCCUGGGCUCCGCCGUGAACGCGCAGCUCCGGGCCCUGCCCGCCAGCCCGGUGCCCCUCAAACUGUGCCCUGCGGCCGAACCAGGCAGUCCCGCCGGGGCGCCCUACGCCACGCGAUGGGCUUUCCAAGUGCUCAGCCCCUCCGCGGACGGCGCGAGGUUGCCCGGCCGGGCUCCGGGAGACCGAGACUGUACCUUCCAGCCUUCAGCCCCAGUGCCUUCCAAACCUUUUCUUCUGAGCACCCCGUCUUUCUACUCGGCAUGUUGUGGUGGGUCCUGUCGGUGCCCUGUGUCCUCCGCUGCUUUUUCAAGAGAAGAGAGCGUGCUGCCUCUCUUGACACAGGACUCUAACUCCAAAGCGCGGAGGGGGAUUUUAAGAAGAGCUGUCUUUUCUGAGGACCAGAGAAAGGCUCUGGAGAAGAUGUUUCAGAAGCAGAAAUACAUCAGCAAAAUAGACCGAAAGAAGCUUGCUGUCAGCUUGGGACUAAAGGAAUCACAGGUGAAAAUUUGGUUUCAGAACAGAAGGAUGAAAUGGCGGAAUUCCAAAGAAAAGGAGGUGCUUUCUAACAGGUGCCUGCAAGAAGUAGGCCUUCAAGAGGAUCCCCUCUCACCGUCCGCCCUGGGUUUUCCUUCUUCAUGUCCUUCAAUGUGGGAAGUCUCCCAGCCACACUCAAGUCCUGGAUGGAGGGAGAAUUCUCCAGAACCUUCAGAAAGACUAAUCCAGGAGCGUUCAGGGGCACCACUCCCAGAAGGAAAGUCAAUGCAAGGUGCCUUGUAUUUAUGUUCUGGAGAGGAAGCUGGAAGCAAGGGUGUACUUACUGGGGUCAUCUGA